GCGCUCAGGUCUCAUUUGGCACCGGCGCGCCAUCAGGACCAGUCACCUCCAACAUGCUGCUGCUCACCCUCGCUGCGGUACUCGCCGUGGCCGUGGCCAACCCGGUCACGCCCGGCGGCAAAGUCGUCUGCUACUACGACAGCAAGAGCUAUGUCAGGGAUUUUGAGGGAUGUAUUUAUCCAGCUCAAGCCCGCAUGCUGCCCCUGGAUCUGGACCCUGCACUGUCGUUCUGCACCCACCUGGUCUACGGAUAUGCCGGAAUCCAACCUGACACCUACAAGAUGGUGCCCCUGAAUGAGAACCUGGAUGUGGACCGCUCGCACGCCAACUACAGAGCGAUUACCAACUUCAAGAGCAAGUUCCCGGCCCUGAAGGUGCUGCUGUCCGUCGGAGGCGACGCUGACACCGAAGAGGCCACCAAGUACAACACUUUGUUGGAGUCCCCGCAAGCGCGUACCGCAUUUGUGAACUCCGGAGUGUUGCUAGCUGAACAGCACGGUUUCGACGGCAUCGACCUGGCCUGGCAGUUCCCUAGAAUCAAGCCCAAGAAGAUCCGUUCCACCUGGGGCUCCGUCUGGCACGGUAUCAAAAAGACUUUCGGCACGACGCCCGUCGAUGACAAGGAGCCCGAGCACCGCGAGGGCUUCACCGCGCUCGUCCGCGAGCUGAAGCAGGCCCUGUCCGUCAAGCCCAACAUGCAGCUUGCGGUCACCGUCUUGCCCAAUGUCAACUCCUCUGUGUACUUCGACGUGCCCGCUAUCAUCAACCUGGUAGACAUCGUAAAUGUGCAGGCGUUCGACUACGAAACCCCUGAACGCAACCCCAAGGAGGCCGACUAUGGCGCUCCCAUCUACGCCCCGCAAAACCGCAACCCCCUGUUAAACGUUGACGCUGCUGUUUCUUACUGGCUGCAGCACGGCGCCCCCAGCACCAAGAUCGUGCUCGGCAUCGCCACGUACGGCCGCACCUGGAAGCUGGACAGCGACAGCGAGAUCUCGGGCGUGCCUCCGCUCCACGCCGACGGCGCUGGCGAAGCUGGUCCUUACACCAAAAAAGAGGGACUUCUCAGCUACCCCGAAGUGUGCGCUAAACUGAUCAACCCCAAUCACCAGAAGGGAAUGAAACCCCAUCUGAGGAAGGUCACUGACCCUAGCAACAAGCAUUUCGGAACGUACGCCUUCCGCCUGCCCGACGACAGCGGCGAGGGCGGCCUCUGGGUGAGCUACGAGGACCCCGACACUGCUGGACAGAAGGCGACAUACGUCAAGUCGAAGAACCUCGGUGGAGUGUCGAUCGUGGACCUCUCUCUGGACGACUUCCGCGGCCUGUGCACCGGCGACAAGUACCCUAUCCUGCGCGCCGCCAAAUACAGACUUUAAAUUGUACAAUUUACACCUCAACAUUGCGCACUCAGGCAGUGUGUGAAAAAAAGUAGCAACAUUGUAGUGUCGUCUCUUUCAUUUCAUUAUUUGUAAGAAAGCAAGACACUAUGACGUUGCCACUUUUUAACGUCUAAAAUCGCUGUCAAUAGAAAUUGUCAACAAUGUAAACAAACCAUUGUAUAAAAUAUCAAUAUUUUAGCACAAUUUUAUCACUUUAAAUGUUGAGGAUCAUAAUGUGAUAUGAAUUGAUUAAAUAACACAUGGAUUUAGCCAGUAUCUGAUGAGUUAGAAUGGAAAUUAAAGACAUUUUGACUACAAGGUUUGUUUACAUUGUUCACAAGUUCUAUUAACGGCGACUUUAUACUUUGUUAGGUUGUAAUUCCCUGCAUUGUUUAAAAAGUCCAUUAUUAAUUUUAAACAAUUCAAAUGUAUUGCAUGUUUUAUAUUAUGAGAGUUUUUUUAUGAGCUGUGCUAUAAUAGGUAUAAUCACUGACAAAAUGACAAAUGUAGACUUUACAAGCGUAAUUAAUAAAAAUACGUAAGAAUA